CAGUGAGCCAGCCCUAAAGUUCUCAAUCGGUUAGACUUCGCACAGUUUUAGCCAUCUUCACAACACAGCAUAUAUAUCUGUUCACUUCAAGUAUUCAAACAAACUGUCUAUCUAAUUGCCAGCAUUUAUUCAUCAGUUUAUUCCUGUAUUCACCUGCGUUUAAAAUUGUAAACAUUACAUCGUUCACAGUAUUAGAAAUAAUUUUUGUUACUCUUGCAUGUCAUCUCUGUAUGUUAGAGCAUCUUCAACUCUUUUCUUAAAAACAUGUUCUCGAGUCGUCUUUACAAAACUACGGCAUUUAUUAGCGUAAGUUCAUGCAUUUUAUAUUCAUAUAAAGACAACAUAAAAAAGAACUUUGGAAAUACAUGGCUGAAUGCAGCUGUGACAGAACCUUACUCUGAUUUUAUAAAACCAUAUCAACCAGUUUGGGAUGACAAUUGGGAUAAACGAGAAUUAACCUCGAAAGAAAAGCAGGAAGGAGUGGCAAAACCAACUGCGACUCGUCACAUUAUACUUAUUAGACAUGGACAGUAUAACUUGAAUGGUGAAACUGAUGAAAAAAGAUUUCUCACUCCACUAGGGCGCGAACAAGCUCACUUGACAGCGUUGAGGUUAAAGGAAUUAAAUUUGUGUGUGUCUACUAUCUAUGAAUCUACUAUGACCCGUGCUAAAGAAACAUCUUCAAUUAUACAGAAAGUCCUUCCUGAUAUUGAGGUAAAGGCCUCUGAUUUAUUGAGAGAAGGUGCCCCUAUAGCCCCAGUUCCGAGUCACCCAACAUGGGUGCCUGCGCCUAAGGAGUUCCAUUCAGACGGCCCAAGAAUUGAGGCUGCUUUUAGGAAAUUUGUACACAGAGCAAGCCCCAAACAAGAAAAAGACUCUGUUGAAGUAUUUGUUUGUCAUGCAAAUGUGAUUCGUUAUUUUGUUUGUCGAGCUUUACAAUAUCCACCGGAGGGAUGGCUUAGGUUAGGAUUAAGGCAUUGUAGUAUAACUUGGCUCACAGUAAGGCCUAAUGGAAAAGUUUCAUUGCGUUGUCUUGGAGAUUCUGGUCAUUUUCCUCCAGACAAACUCACUUUUAAUUGAUACGUGUUCUGGCUUUUAUGAUACAAUGAUCAUAACUGAAUACACAAGCUUUAUAUUAUUCAAAAGCUGUGUUUGCUCUUGAAUUUUAGAUUAAUUGAAUCAAUCUAUCCUAAUUUGUAUCAUGUUCAACUAAGAUUGCAAAAAAAAAUAAAUUUUGUACUCAAUACUUGUUUCAUCAUUUCAAUAAAACAUUUAUCCCUUCAAUUGAAAUAAAUUGCAUCACUGAUCCAAUCUUGGUAUGCCAAACAACUCAAAUUGAAAAUGUUUGAUGAAGAUAUCAAAACUUUGAAUACAUUCAUAUAAUUUUUCGACAUACUUGUAUGAAGCAUAUAAAGUUUUAUUAUAGUACAGCAAAAUGGAUUUUUUUCAGUUGUUGAGUUCUAUAUAUUUUUUGUCUUCACUAUCUGCUAAAGUAAUGACAAUAUUUUUAUUUGCUUUUUACAUGUUGAAUUUUGUUUGACAAUUUUUCUACUUUGUUAUGGCUAUUUCUCAGAUAAUUUGAUUUUGAAAUGUUCAAAAGUAAAAGAGUCAAAACGAACGUUUUUUCAAAUGAACUAUGUUAUCUGCUAAUUCUUUAGGCAAAAUACAAAGUAAAUCAAAUAAGUUACAUCACAGCAAUUUUCAACUUCAGCCCAAUUAUUUUUAGCAUGUUGCAUCAAAAUUAUGGUUCAAGGAUGUUUUUAUCAGAUUUUGUAAUGGAUGACCAAUUUUUUCCUCCUUCCCUUAGAAUUGUGACCCACCCAUUUGUUCAACUAUGAUGUAGAAUUUUCACCAAGUAUAAAAUACCGAUUACCGAGUUUCAAACCUUAUUCAUUCCCACUCUGCACUGCAUGAUUUUUUUUGCAAUAAAUAAUUUUAUACAUCUAA